UGCAGGGUGGCAGCCCGCGGCGGGUUCCAGGUAACCGAAGCGCCGCGCAGUGCUGACCCGGCCGCCCGCCGCUGAGCCAUGGAAAUCGGCACCGAGAUCAGCCGCAAGAUCCGGAGUGCCAUUAAGGGGAAAUUGCAAGAAUUAGGAGCCUACGGGCUCCAUGGUGUAUUAGAUAAACUUCGCUCUGUUACAACUGAGCCCUCUAGUCUAAAGUCUGCAGACACCAGCAUCUUUGAUAGUACCGUGCCUUCAAACAAGAGCAGCUUUAGUCGGGGAGAUGAGCGAAGGCACGAAGCUGCAGUCCCUCCCCUUGCCGUUUCUAGCUCUAGGCCUGAGAAAAGAGAUUCCAGAGUUUCUGCAAGUUCGCAGGAGCAGAAAUCCACUAAUGUCAGACAUUCUUAUGAUGAUGGAACUUCAACCCGGCUAAUGUCAACAGUGAAACCUCUGAGGGAGCCAGCACCCUCUGAAGAUGUGAUUGAUAUCAAGCCAGAACCAGAUGAUCUCAUUGAUGAAGACCUCAAUUUUGUGCAGGAGAAUCCCUUAUCUCAGAAAAAACCUACAGUGACACUUACGUAUGGUUCUUCUCGCCCUUCUAUUGAAAUUUACCGACCACCUGCAAGUAGAAAUGCAGACACUGGUACCCAUUUAAACAGGCUGCAACUUCAGCAGCAGCAAAGCAGUGCUCACGCUGCCAAGCAGCUGGAGGUACAGAGCAGCCAGGUCUACGAAGCAGGACGUCUGUGCGAACCGGAAGUGCUUAGCAGCAUAGAGGACACUUACAGCCCCUUCUUCAGAAACAGCAUGGAUAAGAUGAGUAUUGAGGAUGAAAACUUUCGGAAGAGAAAGUUGUCUGUGGUAAGUUCCGUUGUAAAAGUAAAAAGGUUCAGUCAUGAUGGAGAAGAGGAGGAGGAAGAUGAGGACUACAGCUCCCGGGUAGGAAGCUUGUCCAGCCUCGUGUCGGUGCCAGCAAAGCCUGAGAGGAGACCUUCUCUUCCACCUUCUAAACAAGCUAACAAGAAUCUAAUUUUGAAGGCUAUCUCUGAAGCUCAAGAGUCUGUAACAAAAACAACUAACUAUUCUGCAGUUCCACAGAAACAGACACUUCCAGUUGCUCCCAGGACUCGAACUUCUCAAGAAGAAUUGCUAGCAGAAAUGGUCCAGGGGCAAAGCAGGGCCCCCAGAAUAAGUCCCCCUGUUAAAGAAGAGGAAGCAAAAGGAGAUGGUACAGAAAAACUUCAAGGCACUCAAGAGAGGCAGUUAUUAUCCCGACUGCAAAUUGACCCAGUCAUGGUAGAGGCAAUGGAGAUAAGUCCAGAUUACUAUGACAUGGAAUCCAUGGUCCAUGCAGACACAAGAUCAUUUAUUCUGAAGAAGCCAAAGCUGUCUGAGGAAAUAGUAGUGACACCAAACCAGGAGUCAGGGAUGAAGACUGCAGAUGCCCUUCGGGUACUUUCAGGACACCUUAUGCAGACACGAGAUCUUGUACAACCAGAUAAACCUGCAAGUCCCAAGUUUAUAGUGACGCUGGAUGGUGUCUCCAGCCCCCCAGGAUACAUGUCAGAUCAAGAGGAGGAGAUGUGCUUUGAUGGAAUGAAAUCCGUAAACCAAACUGCAGCCUCAAACAAGGGACUCAGAGGUCUCCUCCACCCACAGCAGUUGCAUUUGAUGAGCAGGCAGCUUGAGGACCCAGAUGGUAGCUUUUCCAACGCUGAGAUGACUGACCUAAGUGUGGCACAAAAACCAGAAAAGCUUUUGGAGCGCUGCAAGUACUGGCCUGCUUGUAAAAAUGGGGAUGAGUGUGUAUAUCAUCAUCCCAUUUCACCUUGCAAAGCCUUUCCCAAUUGUAAAUUUGCUGAAAAAUGUUUAUUUGUGCAUCCAAAUUGUAAAUAUGAUGCAAAGUGUACUAAGCCAGAUUGUCCCUUCACUCACAUGAGUAGAAGAAUUCCAGUACUGACUUCAAAACCAGUAGUCCCAUCACCAGCACCAUCUUCUAAUGGGUAGCUCUGCCGAUACUUCCCAGCUUGUAAGAAAAUGGAAUGUCCCUUCUACCACCCAAAACACUGUAGGUUUAAUACUCAGUGUACAAGACCAGACUGCACAUUUUAUCACCCCACCAUUACUGUACCACCAAGACAUGCCUUGAAAUGGAUUCGACCUCAAACUAGCGAAUGAUGCCCUAGCCCUACCUGGCAAGAAGAUCAUGCAGUUUGAAAGCUUCCAUCUUCUGAUGAGGGAGAUUCUACAGAACUUGUCACGUCUUUGAAAUUUAGAAUAUAUUGCUUUCAUAAUAUGAAAAAAAA